AGAAACCCUCUUUAGGCAGCGCUAAUAAUACAGUUAAUAUGCAUCAUUCAUUUUUAUUCCCAAUGAGGUUGUUCUAAAAUUUAAAAAAACAACAACGUCGGAGAUCACAGUUCGUCAGCUGUGCGGAAAGUGCGGGAGCCGGGUUAGUUUUGCCUCAGCGGCGAGGACCUGCGCGAGAGGCGGGAAAAAGAAAAGAAAGGAGAAAAAGUGGAAAAAGUGAAGGAGGGAACGACCAGGGACCAGGACACGGACACGGACACGGACACGGACACGGACCAGGCCGGCUGCAGGGAAGGGGACACAGAGAGAUACUUCAUGAGCGGAGAUGGUAUAGGAAGAAUGUGAUUUUUCUUGAAAAUGAAACCUCGCACCAACAAAUUAUUAUUAAACCCAGCACGUGGAUUAUCAGGAAGAAGUAAAGGAACGCUAAAAGCAUUUCAGCGAGGUGGUAACAAAGCUGCUGAUGUCAAAUUGAAACCUUUUACUGGAAAAAUCUUUUACCUUGAUCUGCCUUCCAAUAAGCAUACAGAAACCUUAGAAAAUGAUUUACAGGAUCUAGGAGGGACAAUUGAAAAGUUUCUUAGCAAAGAUAUUAAUUACAUCGUUUCAAAUAGAAGUGAGGCCAAAUUUGCCCAAACUCAAGGCAAAAACUCUCCAGUUCCAAGCCCCGAUUCUGUUCAGAAUACUGGUAACACGUCUCCUCAUCCAAGCAGUCGGAGAGAAAGCAAUGAAGGGAGUUCACAUAGAACAUUGGAAAUGAUUAGUCGAGGAAAAAGUUUAGUAAAAAGGGUUAUUAAGGAACAGGAAUUUGUUCCCGGAAACAGUAUCCUGUCGAAUGCUGUAGCUUGGGGUGUACGAAUACUCUACGUGGAUGACAUAACAGCUUACAUUGCAAGAAAGAAGGAGACUUCCAUAAACAUAAAACCUGAGAGUGGUGUCACUGGGGAAAAAAACAAACGAAUUGUCCAUUCAAAUGGUCAUAUAACAAAAGCAGGAAGACUGAAGAAACCUUUUAUCAAAGUUGAAGCAAUUAACCGUCAUUACAGACCUCUAUAUAUACAGUUGGAUUGCUACCCAGAGGUGAACUACUACAGUGCAAAUCCCUGCAGUCCUUUUGAUAUUGACAAGAAAAGUAAAAGCAUUGAUAGACAAAAUAAAGUAAAGUCCAGAAGUAAAGGCCAGAAAAUGACCUGCAGUGAGAAAACUUGCAAUAUCGAUACAAAAACCAUGGAAACUCUAAAGGAGAAAAAAAAGAAGGGUUACUGUGAAUGCUGCAUGAUGAAGUACGAAGAUUUAAAAAUUCAUCUCAAAAGUGAGCAUCAUAAAAAGUUUUCAGAGAGCACGGAAUUUAAAGUUGUGGAUAAAAUAAUUUCUCAGUUUGACUGUGAUUUUGUAGAAUUCCAAAGAGAUACGAUGAAACGAACAAAGUGCACAAUUGGUGUGCACACACAAGCAUUCACGAAGAUAAAUACUACCGAGCUACUUAAUGAAUUUCAAAGACCGAAUGAAGAGCAUACGGAAGGAAAUAAAUCUGCAGCGUCGUGGAGGGUAAAGAAUAAUGAACGAGUUAGUGGAUGGGAAAAUAAUCCAAGUAGUUUGUCUUUUCAUUUAAAGGAAAUUGUAUCUUCAGGCACCCUAAAUUCACCAAGUCAAUUGUUGGCUUUGUCUACACAAAGUCAUGUUAGCAUUUCUGACAUGGGGGAUAAAUCCAUUUUUGCUAAUAGCAAAUCUUUCAAUGAGAGCAAAGGUAUUUGUGAAAAUCCGACAAAAAGCAAGACUCUCCCUAGUACGUCCUUGUGCCAAACCCAGGAAGUUAGUUCCAUGAUAUCAAAGCACUGUACUUCAGACGAGUUGCAUCAUUUUGGAAGAUUGCCAGACAAAGACAAAUCACCAUCCAUUGCUGAAGAAUUCUCGCAUAAGCAUCCAUUUGACAUACAAGGAAGUAUGUCACAGCCAGAUUUCAUUGCCUGUGACAGUGACAAAAACAUCAUAAAGCUGCAGAAAUCAUCAAAGGAUAAUGUACUGCAAAUGUGCAUGGAGCAGAAAAAUGCACAAUCUAUUCCUGAAUAUUACGAGGUAACUGAUUGUGGUUCACCUUUCAUUGCAACCACUUCUGUAAAAAAUCCAUCCGACCCUUUCCAAAAACAAUUAUUUUUUGGCAAAGACAGGAAUGAAGAUCUGACGGAAGGACUGAUGCAAGAAUUAAUAUCUCCAUGUAAUGCCAUUGCACACAAAAAUACUGAAGUUCAUUCUGUGCACUCUUCACCCUGCAUGAAAUUGCACAGGAAAGUGAGAUUUUCAGCUGGUUAUGGAAGAAGCAAAAAUAAACCUCAGCAUCACAGAAUAAAAGAAAAUAGUUUGGCAGAUGAAGAUAAGCCUCCUAGUUUGCCACUGAAAGGUUUACUGGAAUUAUUUCAAACCAGUGAAGACAGUGGUUCUGAGUUUGGAGGCUUUACAGAACAUUCAUCACAAAAAAUGCCAGAAAUAGACUUGUGGGAUAACGAUCAGUCAAAGAACCUCCUGGCACUAUUUACCCAUUCAUCAUCUUUAUCGUCCUUUCUUGGUUUCUAAAGAAAUAUCAAAUGGCAAUAUUUGUUUCCAGGAGUGAAUAUGUAUGGUCAGACUUUUGCUUCUGUUCGUUUUUCAAAAAUUUCAGUAUCGUUAUUGUUUUUCCCACUUCAUCACUUUAAUGUACCUGUGUGGUUUUAGAAUGAAAAAUAAAUGCUGCCUCCGUAUUGGUUUAAGAA